AUCUCAUCCACUCAUCUCCUCACCGUUGAAUAUAGUGUAUCCACCUAUCAAUCUAAUUAUCCCUCCAAAACACCAUAACACCCCUAAAAUUCACAAUGACUUCCUUGACCUACUUGAUCACCCUUCUAUCUGUCCUCGUCGCUGUUUCUCGUGCCGAAGACGUGACUACCGUCAAAAAUGAAAACGUGGAUGCCAAAUGGCGCGGCGGAUAUUUCGGAUUCAACAGCAUGUAUAACAUGAACAGCUGGUACGCCUACAGCGGUUUGUCGAUGCAGCUCGUGGGUGGUUCAUGGCUCAACAACUGGGCCGGAAUGCUCACCGGCUGCUCUGGAGGACUCUUCUUUCCGUCGGCCUGGGGCAUGAACGGAUUCUUUGCCAAGGCCGCCGAAGAGGCUCACAGCGUCAGCCGACGGGCCAUCACCCUCGAUGCCGAACAGUUCUUCCGUCGGGACCAGGUCGCCGACAGCGCAACCUGUCUUAACAACAAGGGAGUCCAUGAGGUUUACUCUAAAACCGACUGUAAAAAUGCCGCAAAGAUCUUGCACGAGAAGAAUGUCCACACUGCUUCCAGUGGAAACUGCCAAUUGUCUCUUUACACCGCCAAGGAAAAAGUUUUCGCCAAGCAACUCCCGGAUCAAAUGCUUAUGAAAGCCGCCGACCGGAUCUUGAGCACCUGCGGCGAAAAAGCCACCCAUCCCAAGGACUCUAACCAAUUGCACAUCAAGGACGACCAAGUCGCCAUGCUCCUCUCCAGACCCUCUCACCAGUGAUAUCAUUUACCAAAGUUUCACUUGUAACAGCCGAUCAAAUUCAUAUAGAAGUUUUUCUCUUGUAUCUAAUCCUGUCUGUUGAUUUCUAAAUUAUCAUUGUAGUGUUUUGCAUGUUUCCAAUUUAUCAAAUUUUGUUAUUGCAAAAAGCAACUGCUUCCAUCCAGGACUAGUGGUUCAACCCCGAGACAACCAAGUUUUAGGCUGCAAUAAAAGCAUCUACU